AUGGUUAGACAAUAAAAACAAUUGGAGUAACUUCAAUAAGAGGCUAAAUUACUUGAUGAUUAAUAUGCUAAUCUGAGAAAGAGAAACUAGUAGCUUAUUAAUGAUUUAAUGAGGUAAAAGGAAGAAGUUGACAAAAUUGAGAGAAAAAUUGCAGAUGAAGAGGAAAACAAUAUGUAUUUGAAACAGGAAAAUUAAGCUUAAAUGAUUUAGUAGCAGUAGUCAUCGCAUAGGCAUGAGGAUAAAAAUGUGUUGCACGAAGACUUCAUUAAUAGUGAAAUCGAUACUAUUUGCAAUCGAACUAUAGAAAACUACAUUGAACCGUAAUAUUUAGUUGAACACCAAGGUAACAGAGCUGUGUUUGAGUUGAAGAGUGACAAUCACACAUUUAUGAAUAUUAAGCCUGCUAUUGCUCAGUACUUCGCUCUACCUGCUGAGGAAAUAUUCUUUAAAAAUGAAAAGGACGAGAUUCUCCUGCAAAAUCUAAAAGUUCUCCCGACCUUGUUUCCAUUAAUAAAUUCUAAAAUAAGAGGAACUACUCCAGUACUUAAACUGGCUCUCAAAUGUAAUAUGUCUACUUUAGACUACAUCGUUGGAGAUGAAAACAUAAAAAUAGCUUAGUUGUAGGAAUAGGAGGAAUAGGAAUAAAUUCACCAAAAUAAUUUGCAUUAAAGUAGAUAGAGAGACGCUGCAAGGUAGAGAGAACAAGAACUGAAGAACAUUAGAGAGAGAAUUUAAAGAAAGUAAAGAUGCAUCUAAGUGAGUAUAGGACUUUCUCAAACAGCAAUAUUCCUCUUAUUCUUCAUAUUCUAGAUAAUCCUGACAGUUUACUAGAGAAAAGUAGUUAUGUCAUAUUGGGGUUAGGAUGGAGCAAAGAACCAAGUAUUCGACAUGCAAGAGAGCUAAGUCUAAUUCAACAACAUGACACAAAUGCUAAACUAUAUCCAAUUCGAUCUAAGUAGAAACAUCUAUUACGACCCUAACCAUUUUGAUCUAUUUUGGGAAAGUAAUGCAGUUUUACCUUACAUCUAACUUCAACAGAUCAGAGGCCAAAAUAGAACAUGUGAUUUUAGCAGUAGGCCUGGAUUUUCAGAUAUUUACUAAAACUAAUCAUGUUUCACUACUUAUCAAUCUGGUGACUACAAUGAAUCUAAUUUCUAAAAUUCAUCUUUCACAGUAGAAAAUAGAAUAGUUACUUCUAGGGGACAAAUUUUCACAUAUUACAACUAAGGGUUCUAUAAGAGUUUAAAAUACAAUUUUACCAAAGAAGGCGAUUGGGAAACUAUAUUGAAUGAAAAUUUAAUAAAGCCUAACUGGAUAGAUGAAGCUACUUUAGUUUUUAUGAUUAACUUCAACAUCUUUAACCUCAACACAAAUCUCAUGCAAUCUUUUAAGUUGAUCUUUCAGUUCUAGUCUUCAGGCUUAAUCACUCUAGAGUAUGACACUAUAAUCCUGAGUGCUCAACUUUUCAGCACUAAUUACUUCAAAACUUUGUCAAUACUUAUUUACAUUAUCGGAUUCAUCCUACUAGCCAUCUCAAUAGUUAGCAUGAGAAGAUAAAGGCAGCAGCAAGAAAAAGAUCAAAAGCAAGAGAAAGAGGCUGAGAAGAAAAAGAAUCAUGAUAAAGAAUCUUCUAUCGAGGGAGGAGCUGCCAAAGAAACAGAUGAAGAGAGGAAAAUUCAAGACUUUAAAACUGAUCGCACCAUUGAUGAUUCAGAUGACAAAGCAAAGCUUAAUAAGAAUGUUGCACCUGAUAAUAAAGCUUAAAACAAGAAGAAAACAUGCAAAGACAGGUUGAAAAUAUUUAGUUUGAGAGGCGUAUCAUUCUUUGAGAAAAUCAACUUUCUAAUGAUUAUCUUCACUUACCUAAACUUAGGAAUGAAAUACCUUUAUGAUAGACUAUUUGACUAAAAAGCCAAUUCAUAGAGUCACACUGAGAAAUAUAUUGACCUGUCCUUGUUCUACCUGUUUCAUGAAGCUAUCUUCAUAUUUGACUCAGUAAUUAUCUUUAUGAUGGCAAUAUCAAUUAUCAAGUAUACAUUCUUUUGGAUUCCAUCGCUAAGUCUGAUUACUAGAUCGCUACAGAACUACCUUAAUUCAACUAUCAAGAAGAUUAUUUAGUUCGUAUUUAUCUUGUCUUUUGCUAUUGCUUCAUAUUGCCAUUUCUUCUAUGGAUAUGUUACAUACGGUUUUUAUGAUUACUCAUUUGCUAUGAUUAGAGCGAAUUUACUUUUCCUUCAAGGAAAUCUAUUUAAUUAAAAUACCAUUUACCUCGCUGAUGAGACUAUCGAGUACAUUUAUGAGAGGCAAGGAUGGUUUGCCACUAUUAUGUCAGUAGGAGUGAUUCACUUCUUCGGUAGGUAUGUAAUUUUGAACAUUAUCAUUGCAUUUAUGAAGAAAGAUAUUUAAGAUACGAAGAUGGUUAUGAUUAAACAACAAAAGAUUGAGAAAAAAAUUGCAGAAAAAACUGCUUUGUUAGAGAUGAAAUAGAAAAAGAAGCAAGAAAAAAUACUCAAAAGAUAAUAAGAAUGA